AUGGCGGAGAAAUGGCGAAAGUUCAAAGAAGAUAUGAAAAAAAAACGCUUGAGUGGGAAGAGCCAAAAAGGGAAAGAUGUUUCCAAACGUGAAAUAACUGUUCAAAUGUUAAGCGCGGACGUGUCGGGCAAGGCCCAAAAGUAUUCACGUAUCGGCCCAAGGGAAUUUGUCCAGUUAUAUGACGACGACGAUCUAGAUCGAUUUUAUACAAAAGAAGAGAUGACAAUUGAACGAGUGAAGGAUGCAUGCCUGAAACAUUUUGAACCGAAG